AUGGGAUCUCUGGAUCUCUGCCCUCAGAAAGCUGUCAGGUCCGAGGCGGAGGAGCUUCUGUUCCCGGGCCCCAUCAGCCCAGGCUUCUCCCUCCUCCACGCCCUCUGGCAGACCUUCUCUCAGUGCCUGCUCCAGGUGGGGCUGCUCAGGCUGCUCACCGACCUGCUGGAGCUGUUGGGUCCCCUGGCUCUCAGGUGGAUAAUCCUGUUCAUCGAGAACCAGGGAGUGUACGACUGGCAAGGGCGCACGUACGUCCUGGCACUGGUUGGCAUAGUCGUUUGCCAUUCCCUUGUUGAGCAGCUUCACGAGAAACACAGUGGCAUGACCAAAGUUAAGGCCCAAGUGGCUUUGACGGGCAUGCUAUGCAGAAAGUCUUGUGUCACCUCACCCAACAUGCUCCAUUUCAAUUCACCUCAAUCUGCUCACGCUCCAUUUGUCCACACCAAAAAAACAAAACAGGUCUUGUGUGUUUCCAGCCGUUCUCAUUGCCAGGUCACUGCCGCGGGUGCGGCCACGCACCUGUCGGUAGACGUUAAGAAGGUGGCGGGUCUGGUGGUGACCCUGCCCCUGCUGGUGUCCUCUCCCCUGCGGGUGGCGCUGUGCCUGGGCUUCCUCUGGAGGGAGCUGGGCCCCGCGGUGCUGGUGGGGGUGACCGUGCUGCUGUUUCUCAUUCCUGUCCACUCAGCUGUGGAGCGCAGAGUCAAACUGCUGAAGAGGAGUCAGAUGAAGGUGAGAGAGGAGAGGGAAACUCUGCUGAAGGAGAUGCUGACUGAGAUCAAGAUGCUAAAGCAGUUGGCCUGGGAGGCAUGGUUCCAGUGUCGUGUGACGGCGGCACGAGAGAGAGAGUUGGAGACGCUAAACAUCCUUGGCUAUCUGACAGCCUUCUCUAUGCUGAGCCACAUGUGUGUGCCCUUCCUGGUUUGUCUCUCCAGCUUGGGGGCGUUUGUCCUGAUGGAUGAUGGGAAUGUUCUCACGGCCUCUCAGGUGUUCACCUCCAUCUGGCUCUUCAGGCUUCUCCGUCCGCCACUGUUCAGUCUCCCCAACCUCUCACCUAUCUUGACUCAGGCUAAGCAGUCUCUGUGUCGCCUGGAAAGCAUCUUUCGCACUGAGACUACAGACUUAGACUGCUGUCAUCCAGCCUUUACAUCAGAUGAAGCUGAACUGGGCCUGCCAUCCUGCUGCCUGACGGAGGCUUUGCACAGGAACAACCAGGAUGACCAACUCGGUGAAUUAAAAGUGGAGAUGGAACACCCAUCCCUAAGUGGAUCUGGACCAGAUAUCCAAUGGUACCUUCAUGCCUUUGGCUGUGUCUGGGUCCUGCUGUCCCUGCUUGCCCUGACAGGCCUGGUUCUGGUGGCUGUCGGACAGGAUGGGCUGCUGGGCCAGUGGACCAGCGAUGCAAAGGAGGUCCAGGGUCUGGAGGGCUGGACGGAGCUGAGGGACUCCUGCCUCUCUCUCUACGCAGUGCUGGGGCUGCUGCAGGGUGAGGAUGUGUGUGUGUAUGUUUCAGCCAUACUUGUGUGUGGGGCUGCCCACUUCCUGACCCAGGGUUCUCUGAGGGCCUCUGGGGGACUCCACAGUGAGCUCCUGUCAAACGUGCUGCACCUUCCCCUCAGCUUCUUCCAGAACUCUUCGCCAGAGAGGGUGUUGCAGUCCCUCACACGGGAUAUGUAUUUGAUUGACGAUCAGGUCCCUGAGCGUCUGCGUGCGUGGACGCUUUCCCAGCUGGAGAUGUGUGGAGCUGUUCUUCUCAUCUCUGUCGUCUCACCCGUCUUCAUCCUGGCAGCUAGUCCUCUCCUCAUUUUCCUUAUUAGGGUCCAGUCUCAGUACUCAUCUGUUUCAAGGCGCAUGGAGUGUCUGGAAAUGGCCUCUCACCUCUCCGUCAAAGCUCUAUUCCGAGAGAUGCCACGUGGUGAUCGUGGCGAUGAGGUCAACUCUGCAGCCUUCAGCUAUCAGGAUCAAACUCUGGGUCACUGCCACCAGACUCUCCAUGACUACUUGGUGUGUCACUACAACAGAAACAUCCUGAGCAGGUGGGUCUCACUGCGGUUAGAUGCCAUCAUGUGGAUCCUGGUAUUCCUGGUCAUUGUCAUCCUGAUGGAGAGUGCCGGUACAGUGGAUUCUGGGAUUGUAGGCCUGGCACUUUUAUAUGGACUAAGUUUGCGGGGAGUUCUCCGCCGGUGUAGGCAGGCAUCCUCUGAUGUCCAUGACUGCAUACUGUCUGUGAGGAAAAUGGCUGAAUAUUCAAAACUGGAGAAAGAGGGCCCGUGGACGCUGCCCCAUAGAGUUUCCCCAGGCUGGCCGCAGUGGGGAGAGAUUGAGUUCAGAAACCUGGAGACCAAAUGUCCAGACUGCCCCUUAGCAGCAUUCAGAGGACUGUCCUUUCAUAUUCAGAGGGGAGAAAAGGUGGGUGUGCUGACCCGAGAGAGAGAUGAGACAGAGGCCUUGGUGAGUUGCCUUCUCCGCACACUAGAGGGCGACAGCGGGAUGUUGCUCAUCGACGGGGUAGAUGUGGCCAGCCUGGGCCUGCAGGACCUGCGUUGCCGCAUUAAUGUCCUCCCUCAGGUGCCUGUUCUGUUCUCAGGCUCUCUGCGUGCCAACCUGGACCCUGCCAGGAGGCUCCCUGACGCCCAGGUGUGGUUGGCGCUGGAGCUGUGCCACCUAAAGGAGGCCGUUCAGGUGCUGCCAGGCCAGCUGCUACACUCGCUGCAGGGUGGCACUGCCAGUCUCAGUGAGGGGCAGAAGAGGCUGCUGUGUGUGGCCAGAGCCCUGCUGAGGAGCUCCAGCGUGCUGCUGGUAGAGGAGCCUGUGGCCUCGGUGGAGCCCGAGACGGAGAGCCUGGUGCAGCAGGUCAUCCGGACAGAGUUCUCUGACUGCACCGUGCUGACCCUGGCGCAGAACCCACACUCCGUGAUGCACUCGCAUAGAGUGCUGGUGCUAGACGCUGGCCGCGUUGUGGAUUUUGACACUCCGUCUAACGUCUUCCAGAGGAAUGCAAUGUUUACUCCGAGAGCACAGAGUGAUGCACUGAGGGCUCACAGCAGCAAGAAAAGAAGCAAGUGAUUCACUUGGACACCGACACUCUGCUGUAGCUCCUUCAUGCUGAAGCUCGACGGCUGGAGAGCCCUGCUGUGUAGAGGCUGGAUUGGGCUUGAUCAGUGGCCGUCUCAGUGGAUACUCUCACUGUCUGGUAGAGGCCUUGAGUGCUCUGAUUUUAGAGCAAAGCACAUUCAGGUUAUUGGCAGCUUUCACGUUAUAAUAGCGCACAAACACUGAUACAGCACAACCAUGAAACCCUUCAGCUGGUACUGUCACACCGGUGUGUUUAGACUGUUGUAGAACGAACAUUCUAAAGAAUGUCUGGGUCUAUCGAAUAUAAUGUGGAAUUUUAGAAUCUUAUAUUGUUGAUGAAUGCAUUCUUUUACUAGAGUGUUCAAAACUCACACGCUGAAGGAUAAAAAUUGAAAUGCCUUUUCUGAACUACAAGCCUCUAGGUGGGAACAACUAUGAACUCUCUACAUAUCUUAAUUAAUGACAUAAGUGAUUUUUAUAGCAGUUUUGACUUUCAGCAGUUUUGUGUAUAUGAAAAUAAUAAAUACAAUAGCAUGCUGAAAGUAACAUGUGCAUCUUUAACUUGCACCAUUGUAGAGAUGACACAUAUGCACAUCUGGAACAUUUUUAAUUUAUACAAUAAAAUUACCAAUAUUGUAGAAAAGUACAAUGUAUCCAAUGAUCCAUUGACAUAAAAUACUGUAUGUUACAAUUUAUAUACUGUACUGUUAUUUAUUACAAUGUAUGUAUAACUGUUGUGAGCAUUAAAGUAAAUUAA